GAAAAUCGAUUACAUGUUCCUGAAGGCUCAUUAAUUCUCUCGUCUGUGUAAAGAGAGAGAGAAGCAGAGUCGAGGAGAAGAGGAAAGAUCGAUAUAUCUACUCAAGAGAGCAGGAAAGCGAGACAGAUAUGCGGCACAGAGGUUGGGUCUUCUGUUUAGAUCAUUCGCAUGGUUACAUUUUAGCUUUUCUGUUUCUGGGUUGUGCGAUCACUGAUGUGGGUGCUUCGAUCCACGAAUACAAUAACGAGGCCUUCAUUCCUCGGUUUAAUUCCUACUUCUUCCAUGGCGGAAGCGAGGGACUCUAUGCUUCCAAGAUCCACAAUGCUCCUAAAAUUUCCUCCUCUGAAGAGACCUCCCUUAAUGGCAGGUCUUUCAUCAGGUUUGAAUCUGUUCGUUUUUGGAGGACAAAAGAAGCCACAGAGAAGCAGAAUGACAUGCAGCAGAAGACAGGAUUAAUUGAAGCUAUAAUAGUUGAGGUCAAAGACAGGGAUAAGAUUGGAGGCGAUACGUUAAAUCCCAAUGCAAUAUGUUGUACCCGUGCUCUUGCCAAUGAUGGCUCUUGCAAACUUGGAGAAGUAAUUAUUCGUCAACCAGAUAAUUCCGAAUGGCCAAAACGGAUACAGACAUACUUUGAAGGUACAAACCUUGAUACUACAAUGGAGAUUCAAGCCAUUGAAAUUAAUAGUACAGGGAUGUAUUAUUUGUACUUCAUGUUUUGUGACCCGGUACUUCAAGGAACACUAAUUAGUGGAAGAACAGUUUGGAGAAACCCUGAAGGCUAUUUGCCUGGUAAGAUGGCACCUUUAAUGACAUUUUAUGGUCUGAUGUCUUUGGCUUACCUUAUACUUGGUCUGUUGUGGUUCCUACGUUUUUCACGAUAUUGGAAAGAUAUUAUACCACUACACUACCACAUCACUGCUGUAAUUGGACUAGGAAUGUGUGAAAUGGCUCUAUGGUAUUUUGAGUAUGCAAACUUUAAUUCCAUUGGAAGCAGACCCAUGAUGAUUACUAUAUGGGCAGUUACUUUCAGUGCCAUCAAGAAAACAGUUUCUCGGUUUCUUCUAUUGGUAGUGUCUAUGGGUUACGGAGUUGUAAGACCUACACUUGGUGGUAUCACCUCCAAAGUGCUUCUUCUUGGUGCGACUUAUUUCGCAGCAUCAGAAGCUCUUGAACUUUUUGAACAUUUGGGAAAUGUAAAUGAUUUCUCGGGUAAAGCAAGGCUUUUUCUAGUUCUACCUGUUGCUCUUUUGGAUGCCUGUUUUAUCCUUUGGAUCUUUUCAUCAUUAUCCAAGACGUUAGAGAAACUUCAGAUAAGGAGACGCGCCGCCAAACUUGAACUCUACAGAAAGUUCACAAAUUCUCUAGCAGUAUCCGUGCUUGUUUCUGUUGCUUGGAUCGGCUAUGAGCUGUACUUUAAUGCAAGUGACCCGCUAAGUGAAUACUGGAGGAGAGCAUGGAUAAUCCCAGCCUUUUGGUCUUUAUUGGCUUACCUACUCUUGGUGGUGAUAUGUAUUCUAUGGGCUCCUUCACAUAAUGCAACUAGAUAUGCUUAUGAGAAAGGUGAUGACAUGGAGGAGGAGGCGGUGUCACUCACUAGCAGUGUAGGCGGAGAUCUAUCAACCAAGGUAGAAAGAAAGGAAAGGAAGGGAAUCAGUUCAACUGAUCAUUCAUUUGGUCUUGGAGAAGAUCUUGAGGAAGACAAAAGAGAAUGAUGCCUUUUUCAUUUUUUUUCUUCUUUUUAACUUGUAACUGAAUUUUCCUCUUUUAAUGUAAAUCUAUGUGUCCAAUGUUUUACCAUCAUUGUAUACCUUCAUAAUUUCCAGUAAAAAAAAGGUGUGGUUUAUCUA